GUCACAGAUGCCCCCCAGCAAGAAGUGGCCAUCGCUGCGUGGCGGACAACGCCAACCUGUACGUGUUUGGAGGCUACAACCCUGACUACGACGAGUCCGGUGGGCCAGAGAAUGAAGACUACCCCCUCUUCAGGGAGCUCUGGAGGUACAACUUUGCUACAGACACCUGGCAUCAAAUGAGCACUGAAGGCUACAUGCCCAGGGAACUGGCCUCCAUGUCACUCGUGCUGCACGGGAACAACCUGCUGGUGUUCGGGGGCACGGGGAUCCCCUUCGGGGAGAGCAACGGCAACGACGUCCACGUCUGCAACGUCAAGUACAAGCGCUGGGCCCUGCUCAGCUGCAGGGGCAAGAAGCCCAACCGCAUCUACGGGCAG